UUUAUUGUAUAUGUUUUCAUAAUUUCAUAACAUGGCAGCAGAGCAGGCACUACUCUCGACAGAGAUCGUUAAUCGGGGCGUUGAGGCGUCGGGUCCCGAUGCCGGGUCUGUAACGUUCUCCGUACGGGUCCGGCGACGUCUGCCGGAUUUCCUACAAUCUGUAAACCUCAAGUACGUGAAGUUAGGCUAUCAUUACUUCAUAAACCAUGCGAUCUAUCUCGCGACGGUUCUGGUGCUGGUGCUGGCCUUUGGUGCUGAGGUACAGAGCGUGGGGGGCCCAACAGAUCUGUGGUCGAAGAUGUGCGAUGGAGAGAGUUAUGACCUUUUGACGGUGAUCGCUUUGUUCGGUGUGCUUGUGUUUACGGUCCUGAUUUACUUCGUGUCGCAGCCGCGGCCCAUCUACCUCAUCGAUUUCGCGUGUUAUCGGCCGUCGGAUGAAUUCAAGGUAUCAAAGCAGGACUUCAUUGAUCUGGCCCGGAAAUCCGGCAAAUUCGAUGAGCCCAGCCUCGAAUUCCAAGCCAAAAUCCUACAGUCAUCAGGCAUCGGCGACGAAACCUACAUUCCCAAAGCGAUCAUGUCUCCAGCCAAUUGCGCCACAAUGAAAGAAGGCCGCAUCGAAGCAUCAACGGUCAUAUUCGGUGCCCUCGAUGAACUCUUCGAGAAAUGCCGCAUCCAACCAAAGGACAUUGGCAUACUCGUCGUGAACUGCAGCCUAUUUAAUCCGACACCAUCGCUAUCGGCCAUGAUCGUAAAUCACUACAAGAUGAGGAGCAAUAUCUUGAGUUUCAAUCUCGGCGGUAUGGGAUGUAGCGCAGGCAUCAUCGCACUCGAUCUGGCCAAAGACAUGCUAGAAGCGAACCCACAUAGCUUGGCUGUGGUGGUGAGCACCGAAGCAAUCACGUUUACUUGGUACAACGGCCGCAACCGUUCGAUGUUGAUUCCCAACUGUUUCUUCCGCAUGGGUGGCUCUGCGGUCCUUCUAUCGAACCGCAGGCGGGACUUCCCGCGCGCAAAGUACCAGCUCGAACACAUCGUGCGCACGCAUAAAGGGUCUGAUGAUCGGAGCUUCAGAUGCAUCCACCAGAAGGAGGAUGAUCAACGGCUCAAAGGCAUAGCCAUAAGUCGGGACCUGAUGGAAGUGGGCGGCCACGCUCUGAAGACCAAUAUCACCACCCUGGGCCCACUCGUCCUCCCCGUCACCGAGCAGCUCCUCUUCUUUGCCAUGCUGAUGUGGCGAACCGUCUUCGGUGGGCCCGACGGAUCAAAGCCGUACAUUCCCAGCUACAAGCUCGCAUUUGAGCAUUUCUGUGUGCAUGCGGCGAGCAAGAACGUGCUCGACGAGCUGCAGAAGAACCUGGGCCUCAGUGACAGGAACAUGGAAGCUUCUCGAAUGACGUUGCACCGGUUCGGGAAUACGUCGAGCAGCAGCAUAUGGUACGAAAUGGCGUAUCUUGAGGGGAAGGAGAGAGUGCACCGAGGGGACCGUUUGUGGCAGCUUGCGUUCGGGUCCGGGUUCAAGUGCAAUAGUGUGGUGUGGCGGGCCCUCCGUCGGGUCAAAAGGCCCACUAGGAACCCAUGGCUCAACUGUCUUGAUCAAUACCCGGUCCGAACCUAGCAAGCAACUGUAACGUCUUUAUCCCCUUAAAGUACUGCUUUCCGUCAAAUACUGAAAAUGUCACUUUAUUAUGAUAAUUGUAUUAUUAUUACUAUUA